ACUGCCGGCGACGAUAGUCAUGUGAAGUAGGUUCUUCGUUUCGUGAAGUCACGUUGUUCCAAAGAAAUUUUUCUUGAUUUUAACGAAGUUGAUUUAACAACAUUUAUGCUUCCAAACUUUCAUAUCAAUAAUUAAAAACUUUAAAUACAAUUAUUGAAUACAAAAACAUUAAUUAUUUGUGCUAUAAGAUAAGCAGAUAUAUAUAAAAAAUAAUCGGUGUUAAUUUGAUUAAUAUAAAAAUAAAUAGAGAUUUCAAUUAGUAAACAUAAGAAAGAAUUGCUUGAUUUUUAAACAAAAACAUGUUGACUAACUGUGAUAAUUUGUUUAACAAUCAUUAUUUGUUCCUAAACUACCUUUAUUCUUUUGCCUUGUUUUUGUGAAUACAAGAAUCACGUGACCAUGUGGAUUAAUAUCUGUAAUGAGUGAUCAAAAUAUUGUACGCGAGUGGUUAAAAUAUUUGGAUCUUGAGCAAUACUAUGAAAGCUUUGUAGAUAACGGUUAUGAUGACUUGGAGACGUGUAAGCAGAUCGGGGAGCCGGAUCUCGAUGCCAUCGGGGUCCGGCAACCCAAACACAGACAGCUGAUUCAUCAAGCAGUUCGUAAUUUAUUGGAAAAGGGAGGAACCUCUGUUUAUAUUAACUUAGAAGAAUGUGGAAGCCAAAGAGAGGAAGAUUUUUCCAGGGAUCAGAAUAUUCAUCCUUCUAAUCAGGAUCAUCAGGAUGAAUCUGGUAGAAAGUCAUCAAUCUCAGUUGAUGGCCAUCCUCCCACGUCCUCCCUCUUUUCAUCAUCACGGUUCCGUAGUUCUAGCAGCACGUGCAUCGAUUCGGAUUCUAGAGAUAAGUACUGCGUAGACGCAACAGGAAAAAGGAAAGCAGGAAUCGGAAAAUUCUUUCGCCACCUGAGCAACGCCAAAACAUCCCCCAGGCAUGUUCCAAAGCCAAUUGCUAAGGGUAACUCUCAAGUCGAAAAAACAGAAAUCGAUGAUGUAUCAACAGGCAAUAAUGAUGCGAAUGAAGAGGGGCAAAUGAAAAUUAUCAAAAUGGUGCAAGACAGUCACAUAUCAACACCUUCCAAACCUCCGCAAUCGCUUGUUUCUGAAUUGGGAAGAACCAUGUCAUGGUCUUCACAAGGCUCAAAGAAGAAGGACAAAAACUACGUAUCUUUAUUUAUCAAUGAAACAUCUUCCAACAAUUCCAAAUCUUUUUCAUCCGAUCCAGUUAAGGAGCUCCAAAACGAAUUACCCAAUGCCAUUGAACCAAGUCCAUUAUCAACCAACACAGAACGUGCCAAUCACUCAGCAAAUUGUUCAAGCGCAUCCACAAUCGACCCCCACGACAGCACCGUGCCUACUGCAUGUGGCGGUGAUUGUGGCAACAUAAUGUGUAGUCUUAGUCCUGCCUGUAUCGAUGAUAGCUUUGAGGAAAUGAAGACGAAGCCCAUAUCACCAACUACUGAAGAUGCUUCAGCUGACGACAAGAGCUUACGACGGAGAUCUAAAUCUGAUGGGUGCUACUCGACAUAUAAGUGCAAAGGUAGCAGUAAAAACAGCCCCAGUUUAGAUUCGUCAAGAGAAUUAUUAUCUCCACCAGCUCCAGAAGAUUCAGAUGAAGUAGAACAGGAACAGGUAGAAUCUACGUGUAUACCUCACAGUUCUUCUUCCACGUCCACGUGGAGUGGUCGAGUUAGGGAUCUUAAGCGAGAAGUGAAACACCGAAUAUGUCGCCUAAGAUCUUCUAAAUAUUCUAAUGCAUCAUUAGUUAAUGAAAAUACUGUUGUGGAAAAAGAGCCACAUUCAACCGAAAACCUCGCAAAAGAUUGUGAUAAUACAUCCAAUCAUCCAAGCCCAUUAUCAAACAGUAAUCAUGGAUUUAGCUGCUCAGGAGAUGAAGAAACUUCAAUGGAAUGCAACAGGGUAUUGGGGAAAGCAAGGGCUCUAGUUGAUUAUACUCCCAGUCCAUACGAUAAAGACGGUCUCGCAUUUAAGAAAGGUGAUAUAAUUGAAAUCUUGGCAAAAUCAAGUUCCGGUUACUGGGUUGGACGAUUAAAUAACCAUAUUGGAAGUUUUAAAUUCAUUAAUGUGGAAGAAAUAAUAAACGAUGAAAGGCGUUGUUCACAGAGGCGUAUUUCAUAUUUUCAGCAAACAGUCGAACAACCAAAAACAUUAGAAGAACUGUUGGAGCAGUUGGAUUUACAGAUAUAUAUGAACGUAUUUGUGUUAAACGGAUAUCAUAAUCUAGAAACAUUGAAAAACAUUGAUGAACAAGAGCUGAUUUCACUUGGAUUGUCCAAUUUCGAACAUAGAAUGAAACUUUUGAAUGCAUUAGAUCAAAAUACAGGUUUUAUUAACAGCCACGCAUGUGAUGAAGCACCUUUAUUCACACAUCAGAGAACUUGCCAGGACAUGAUUCCUAGUCCCAGACGCUUUUCAGCAGGUAGAAAAGAAAGUGAUCUUCGUUCUAUCAACUUACCUCCCACUUACAAAACGCAUCUAUCGAACUCUAUUAAGUCAAAUCUCGAAUCUCAGUAUAGAAAUAUUGAGACCAAUAAUUUAGAUCAUGGAUUACCCUCUGUUUCUAGAUCGAAACCAAAUUGCAGUGACACUAAGCAGCAAUUUGAUUUGGAAAAAAAGAGGGAUAUAUUAAAUAUCCCUCUGCAGGAAACGCCGGACAAAUUUUGUUUCUACUCAGACCUCCAAUCGAAAGAAAAAAUACACUAUUCAUACGGGAAUGGUAUAAGCGCUUAUUCAGAACAACUCUACAUUUCGAGAGCAGGACUUAUUAUAGACUCGCCCAUUAAAGAACAAUUUUUUUCGCAUGUAAACUAUUUAGAGAAAUUUUCUGAUCUUCCUGUAUCUGGUCAAGUUUUGAACCACCACAUGAAUGGAGCUGUUUAUCCCAGCAGUGGAGCUUACCUCACCAAAGAGGAGAGAUAUUUAAUGGAGUCAUCAAGGAAAAAGCUAAAAGACCAAAUCCAGGCUUAUAACCCAGAUCACGAACCUUUCGGUGUGAGCCCCGAAUCAGAGUUUAAUGGCUAUGUGAACCCACCUCAGGAAAUAGAGUAUCGCAAGUCUUCUUCCGCUAGUCAGAAAAAUGGUGGUAAGUCUUUGACAUUGCCUCGCAAGACUAGAGACAGUUUAAGUAAUGAUUUCCUCCUGUAUCAAGUGGCUGAUACUAAUCCAAUAAAGUCAGAGAAGAAGUCAAAAAAGUCUAGGAGGAGACGUGAAAAUUCUCAAAUUCUGCUACAGUGUCCACCUCAGUAUUUUUCUACCCUAGACUAUUUCGUGGCAAAGAAACUUCAAGAUGAGCUCAUUGAUUUAUGCACAGAACCCUACAGUGAUAAGACUGGCUUUUGUGGUAUACCACCGGCCUUGGUUCAGAGAUAUGCAGAUGAGCUUCAACAAGAUAUAUUUGACGUUGCGGAAUCCCUUGACCGAGAAAGAAUUCAUUCGUUACAGCUACGUGGUAGACAAGCUGUACCAAAUGAUUUUCUGGCUGAUUCCUGUUGUGAGCCAGUUGUUGAAGCCAACUAUAACAGCCUUUUUGAUUGGUUAAUAUCUCUAGGUCUCCCAAUUUAUGAGAAGUUGCUGAACAAAAAUGGCUGUACUGAGCUAUAUCACAUGAUUGGUGUAACUGAUAAGGACUUGCAACGUUUCGGAAUAGAGAAUGCUAAACAUAUCCGUCUAUUAAAAACUGCCAUAGAAGCUCUGCAUAUCCAUAUAGAGCAUUGUCAAUACAUAGCAUAACACUGACGUUUUGGUGAAACAAACUUUGGUGAAACAUAUUAAUAAGCACUGGCAGUUAGUAAUUUUUGUGAUCUACACCGUUAGGAUAAAAGUAAUUUCUUCUUCUAGGGAAAAAAUUGAAUUACUAAAAUUUAAGAGCUUGAGUAAAUUAUUUGAACUAUCAUUUUCAAAUUUUAGUGAGAAAAUGUUAUGGAAACAAGAUAUUUAACGAAUUACUAUUUUUUUGUCAUAUUCAUUUAAAGUGUUUAAGAAAGUGUGUAAUUGCAAUCCAAUUACUUGAAAAUUGUAAUGAAUAACGUUAAAUGUAACAAAAUUGAUCAAGUUUUAAACAUUAAACUAGACAAAAUAAUCGGACAGUUUUAUAAGAAAAAAAAAUUUAAAACAUUCAACGUCUUUUAAAUUGAUUCAAUAGAGUAUAAGUAAAUAACUUGAAGUAUCAUUUUCCUAAUUUUAUUCAGAAAGUAAAAAACAAGGUGCUUAACAAUAUCAAUUUAAAGUAUCUAUGAAUUAAUUAUGCAAUUAAAAUCCAGUUACUUGCAAAUUAUAGUUACAUUAAAUUUAACAGAAGCUUACAAGAUUUAAACAUUAAAUUAGACAAAAAAAAUCGAGCAGUUUUUAAAGAGGUAUUGUGUAAUUAAAGUCCAAUUAUUGGAAAAUGAUAAUCAAUAGCAUAAAAUGUAACAAAAAUCUACAAAGGUUUAAAUAACAAAUCUGACAAAAUAAUCGAACAGGUUUGAAAAAUAAAUUUCAGCGUCUUUUGAAUCGAUUUAAUACAAAAUUCCAAUCAAAUCAUGAAUA